AUGAGCCAUGAGAGGGCAUUUCUCAGGAUCAGAACGGAAGCAGCCGCCGACAGGCUGAAGAAGCAAACAAUUAAAAAUGGAGAGAAGGUGCGGGAGCAGAGGGGCACCAAGGAGACUCCCAAGCGCCCUGUCCUUUCCCCGGACCCUAACUCCCCUCUCAUAGAUCUCCCGGUAGAGGAGCCCCCUCCCUAUCAGGCUGGACCCGCCGCGGCGGCGGCGGCGGCGGCCGCUUUAGCGGCCGCGAUCCGGCCGUUGGCAGAUGCUAAGCUCCUGCAGACCUUCUUAACAGUAGAGGAAAAGCAGAGAGUUUUCCUGGAGGCCCGGAAGCAGGUUCCGGGCGAUGACGGGAGGCCAUCCCAACUCCUGAAUGUCAUCGAUGCGGCUUCUCCCUUGACUCGCCCUAACUGGGAUUUCAAUACGCCUGAAGGUAGGGAGCAUCUACGUCUCUAUCGCCAGUUGCUCUUAGCGGGUCUCCGAGCGGCCGCUAGAAGGCCUACCAAUUUGGCUCAGGUAAGGAAUGUGAUACAGGGAAAGGAUGGGAAUGAAGAGACACCCGCUGCAUUUCUAGAAAGAUUGAAGGAAGCUUAUAGGAUAUAUACUCUGUAUGAUCUGGAAGAUCCAGGUCAGGCUCCAGGUAUUAUCCUAUCAUUUAUUUAUCAGUCUAGUUCAGACAUCAAGGCCAAAUUGCAGCGGUUGGAGGGUUUACAGGCGUUAGGGUUGCCAGACCUAAUGAAGGAAGCAGAGAAAGUAUUCAAUAAGAGAGAAACUCCUGAAGAGCGUGAGGAAAAGAGAUGGCAGAAACAAGAGGAAAGGGAUAGGAAACAGCAUAGGGAGAUAAAGAAAAUUCUGACCGCCGUUGUAUCUCAGGGACAGCAGAGAGAGGGAGACAGGUCGGGAGAACGAAGGAGACCACCCCUAGAUAAAGAUCAAUGUGCUUACUGCAAGGAGAAGGGACACUGGGCCCGAGAAUGCCCCAAGAAGCCACAAGGACCCCGCCGGCCCAAGACUAGGGGGGGUCAAGGCCAGGAGCCCCCCCCUGAGCCUAGGAUAACCCUCGAGAUCGGGGGGCAGCCCGUGACCUUCCUGGUUGAUACUGGUGCCGAACAUUCAGUCCUAACUCAUGCCGGAGUGCCUCUUAGCUGGCAUUCUGCACUGGUGCAGGGGGCAACUGGAAACAAGAGAUAUUAUUGGACUAUCGAGAGAAAAGUCCAACUGGCUUCAGGGCAAGUAACUCACUCCUUUCUGCACAUACCUGAAUGCCAUCCGCUGUUAGGACGGGACCUACCAACCAAAUUAAAGGCGCAAUGA